CUUACAGGCCUCGUCAUGUGGAUGCUUCCAGGACAGAACCAAAGUUGGGUUUCUGAGUUUAUCCUGCUUGGCUUCUCCAGUGACCCCACCACCAACAGGAUCCUCUUCUUUGUGUUUCUUCCGAUCUACCUGAGCUCAGUCCUGGGCAAUGGGCUCAUCAUCACCCUGAUCUGCGUGGACACACAUCUCCACACUCCCAUGUACUUCUUCCUCUGUGUCCUGUCCCUGCUCGACACAUGCUACAUCACCACCACCAUGCCCCAGAUGUUGGUGCAUCUUCUAGCUCACUCUCAGACCAUCUCCUUUGCUGGGUGCUGGCUGCAGAUGUAUGUGUUUGGUGCCCUAGGCCUCACUGAGUGCACCUUCUUUGUAGUUAUGGCUUAUGACCGAUAUGUGGCCAUUUGCUACCCACUGCGCUAUACUGCCAUCCUCAGCUGGGGCCUGUGCUCACGAUUGGCAGCCGGGACAUGGGUUGUUGGUUUCAUCUUCUCUCUGAUGCAUACCUUCUUCACCAUGUGGCUGCCAUAUUGUGGGCCUAACAAGGUCAACCACUACUUCUGUGAAGGCCCCUCAGUACGUAGCUUGGCUUGCAUGGAUACCCAUCUCAUUGAGAUGGUGGACCUGGUCAUGAGUGUCUUUAUGGUGGUUGUCCCUAUUUCCCUCAUUGUGGCCUCUUACAUUCGUAUUGUCCUGGCCAUUCUCAAGAUCAAGUCCACUCAGGCCCGCUGCAAGGCCUUCUCUACCUGUGCCUCCCACCUGACUGUGGUCAUACUCUUCUAUGUUCCAGCCACUUAUAUCUACAUGAGGCCCAACUCCAGCUACUCCCCUGAGAGAGACAAGCAGAUCUCACUCUUUUACAAUGUCUUCACAGCCUUGCUCAACCCUGUGGUCUACAGUCUGAGGAACAAAGACAUUAAGAGGGCUUUUCUCAAGGUGAUGGGGCAUGGUAGGGUGGACUGGUGAG